GUACUCUGUAUAUAAACCGGAGUCCCUGUCCCGUCCCGUCACACAGAGGGAUGUAUCUCCUGCUGGCGGUAGCGGCGGCGGCUGCCGUGACAGCCGCGCAAAGUCCAAGUCAACCUAGUCACGCGUACGAGAGAAAUAAGGAAUAUCUGUAUGAAUAUGAAACACAAGCACUAACUGGAAUACCUCAGGGAAGCACAAUUUACUCUGGAAUGAAGUUAAAAUGUAACGUCAGAAUUCAGUUCCGCUCCCGAUCCUCGGCCACACUACAGCUGGACAAAAUCGUCUUAGCAAAGAUUAACGACCCGAUUGAAUCGGUGAACCCAACCCAACAACAGGUGCCCGAGAAUCUGUUCAGGCCCCUCACAGGCAAGGAUGCUGAUCAGAUGAUAAAGGACCUGUCUAGACCCAUCAACUUCCUGUAUGUCCGUGGCAACGUCCGCGAAAUCAAGCAAGAAGCAGACGACCCGGAGUGGUCGGUCAAUGUUAAGAAAGGUCUUCUCAGUAUCCUGGAAGUCAACUUGGAUAAGAGGAAGCAGCUAGACCAGAGCAGUUCCAUCCCUCGAGUUCUGCGUCCCCAGUCUUCGAACGAGGAUUCCAUGUAUAAGGUUAUGGAGCCCAGCAUUGGUGGUGAAUGUGAAACUCUAUACAAAGCCAGUCCUCGCACAUCAAGUAGUGGUGAUCCAGUUAUGUAUAUAACGAAAGUCAGAAACUACGACAACUGUCUGGACCGACCAAUGUACUUUUCCUCCAUGUUCCACGGGAAAAAGUGUGCCGAAUGUGUCAAAGAAUGGUCAGACCCACUGAGAUCCGCCUCGCAGGUCAUGUACACAAUAAGGGGAAACACGAGGAUGUUUCAGAUCCAGAGUGCUAUUUCUGAAAGUCAGCACGUCUUCACACCAUAUUCCGACAAAGGAGGGAAUGUUGUGACAUAUUUGAACCAGACGUUAAAUCUGAUAAAAGUGAUGGAUGUCAAAGAGAUUUUAUCUCAGCCAAGCAGUCCCAAAACUGUUAGCUCUGGGCUUCAAUUCAAGUCUCGCGAGAUUGAAUCGCGCGAUGAAUCCUCAAGCAGUUCACAAAAAUCGCCACCUUCCAGUCAAAGUCCAGCAUCAGAGGUGCUCAGCAAACAGUCGCAGAAAAGUGCAGACCAGGCAAAAGAAAGGAUCCGAAAACUGCUGAAAAUGUUGGAAACCUUCAUGAAACCAACAAUCCAGGAAGAGGCUGGUCCACUUCUAAUGUCACUUCUAGAGGAGAUCCGAAAGGCAGAUGCAGAGAGUCUCAAAGCCGUUUUCCGUGAAACAGUCCAAAGUGCAUCUGCAGACAAGAAGAAAUUAAAGAUGUUGAUGGACUUGCUACCGUCAGCUGGUACCUCCCCUGCUACAGAAGUAUUAAGGGACGCUAUCAAGAACGACCAGAUCUCUAAACCUCAGGCCGCCAUCGCUCUAAACAUUCUUUCUCUGUCAGCUCGACCAGAAGUUCUUGUUGCCAAAACACUUCUGGAACUAACACAGAGUACCCAAGUUUCUCAGGACCGAAUGUUGAAGAGAGCAGCCUUCCUGUGUCUGGGAGCGGUAGCUGGUAAACUUAGGGAGGAAGAACAGAGAAGAUCCCGCCAGAUGGCGCGCCAGGAGAACAUCGUUAAUACUCUUAUGUCUACUGUGUCAAACUCCCAAAGCAGGAAAAAACUGAAGUCCAAAAGGAGAGAUUUGGGGGAUAGAAAGAGAAAACAACAGAGUAUUUACACAAGAAUAAGACAGGAAAUUGUCAAGGAAAUCCAGAGUUUAAUGAAAUCCACUGACAUGGACGAUAAAAUCUUAAGCUUUAAAACAGCAGGAAACUCCGGAAUGCAAGAGAUGAUUCCAAGUAUCAGAACUUACAUUGAAGACAAAUCCCAACCCCAGCUACUCCGAGCUCAGGCAAUCUACAGUUUGCGAAAACUCACCAGUCAGCACCCUCAAGAUAUUCAGUCCAUCCUGCUACCCAGAUACUUCGACCGCACCGAGAAAGAAGAAGUGAGAAUAUCCUCAUAUAUUGUCUUGGCAUCGACAAGUCCUUCCCGCCAGCUUCUAGAGAUGAUCGCCCAUUCUCUUCACAGAGAAACCAACCCCCACGUCGGAACAUUUGUUUAUACACACCUAGAACAAAUGUCCAACAGUACUUAUCCGUGUCUCAUGUCUUGGGCAAAGAAUGCAACAUUGGCCUUGCGAUUUGCAAAGAAGUUUAGUCCGAUGUUUCAAUAUUCACGAUUUCUUCAGUUCUCUGGAUACAAUGAUAGAGUGAAGCUAGGGGCAGCUGCAGAACUUGGUUUAAUAACUUCCCCAGAAGAGUUUAUCCCAAGAGCUGGUGCUAUACAUCUCAAUACGCAUGUACUGGGAAGCUCAGUCAAUUUCAUGGAGAUUGGAUUCAACACAGAGGGGUUGCAAACACUUCUUUCGAAAAUGGUUGGACCACUUGGUGAACUUACCAAAGGGAAAUCAGUUGUAGAUGUUCUCAAACAGCGAGUUCGCAGAAGUUCACAGUCACAGCAAACUCAAAGUGACCCGAUCAGUCAAAUCCAUCAGAAGCUGAAGGUGUCAGCUCGUACAAGCCCCGAACCAAAAGGCCAUUUAUACAUUAAAAUGAUGGGUAAUGAACUUCAGUACUUCAGUUUGGAUCGUAGUACUUUGGUGGAGACAUUACUCAAAGAAGGAAAGAUCCUACUGAGUGUGUCAGAACAGAAGAUGAAGAGUGGAAUUGACAUGGACAUACACCGGUCUCUCAUACCUAUCGAUGCUGACACUAUGAUUCCAACCGAGUCUGGUCUCCCGCUCCGCCUGAGACUUAGGGGAACAGCUGCAGUUAAAGUAACAGGCAAAGUCAAAGUUUCUGGGGUACCUUCUCUAUUUGAGAUCAACCGUCCAGGGAAGGCUGCCAGAGAACUAGGCUUAGAUUUAGAACUCAGUCCAAGUGUAUUGGUUGACAUGCGAGGGGAAAUGGAAAUCGAUGCAGAAUACUUUAAAGCUGGAGUCUCUAUUAAAUCUAUGGCACGUGCAGAGACGCCUCUUUCGCUCUCCAUUUCUUUUAACCUCGCUACUGCCAAAGUUAUAACUAAAGUCAAUAUUGAGAAAUUGAAUGAGAAAAUAGCAAAGAUGGAAAUAUCUCCAUCAACGUAUUUCAAAGAUAACCCAUCUGACAUAACGAAGUAUCCUGCACCAAGAGAAACGCAAAUUAUCAGGGCUGCUAAAGGUGCAAAGGUCAUGCCAUUGUCAAUUUCCUGGGGUAAGCGAAGUUUGGGUCUCGAAGUAGGAUUGAGCGGACAAGCUGUUUUAAGCGAUUUUGAGAUGAAUAUUCCAUAUUACCCAAUGAUAGGUAAACAGGAAUUAUUUCUUACCCUAUCGCCAGGAAUUAAUCCUCAGAAAUAUAUGGAAUUUCAAGUACAGUUGAUGGUUCCAAAACAACAAAAGUCUGCUCACCAACCAACCUCAGAUAAGGCUUCAAAUUCGGGAGAAGAUGGAAUCAUUUCUAAAUUAGCCAGUUAUUUAACGCUAUUAAGUGGUGGACAGUCUGAUCGGAUCCCAGUUUCUUCUUCACAAUCCUCAUCUCCUCCAAAAGACAUCAAAUCAAAAGAUUCAUCCUUGGCAAGUCUCCUUCAACAUUUGGAAGAAUCACAAUCUGUCCAGUCAGAGAAAGCAGUUGUGUCACGUAAUAAUAGUGUUGGAAUUCUAAUGAAUUUUAUUGGAAUAGAUGAAUCAAGAUCCAUCAAACGACAUCUGCAAGUUUCUAUGGCAGCGGGUUUUGACAUGAGGUCACGAAUCAAUUCAAUUCUGAUGACUCUAGAUAGAUCUCCAGUUCCAGAAAUAGAAACCAAACCAUGGAAGAUGGACAUCGCCAUCAAAUUAAAUUUACCAACACGGCUUGUAAAACCUUCAGAAUUGUUGUCUAACUCAUACCAGAAAGAAGUUGAACAACAAAUAGAGGUGCAUAUAAGAAGGGAUGGAGAGGAUGAGUACUAUAGGUUGAUUGAUCGGGAGGUACCACGCCAACAGGUUAAAGUUCUCAAAACACUUUUAAGCUCAACAAGCACCCAGGAAAUCAUCGACGAAGUUGUGAACACGGAAAUGAGUCAAACAGAAGAGUCUUCAAAAAGUUCUCAGACACAGGUUAUCAAACUUAUAAGAGAACAAAAACAUCUUCUGAAAGAGGUGAAAAAUAUUCGUCGAAGGUCAUCUGACCCGUUAAAACUUCAAAGGAUAAAAUCAACAUUGUCGUCAGUCCUGAAGUGGUCAGAAAAGGUUAAGCAAAUUUUAGACAGAGAGUCACGGUCGGUAUCAAGCAGUGAAGAAUCAGAUAUUCUACGAAAAUACUCUGCAUUACUUCAACAAAUAGUUGAGCAAAGAAUUGAGGAAUCAGUCCUAUCCUCAAUGAGGGCAUUAUCUUCGAAAGAUCAACAAUCUCUCAAGAAAUCAUUAGAAACUAACAGAGAAUCACUGAGAAAGAUAUUGCAACGUCAAAGUUCUUCACAGAGGGGUUCUCAAAGUUCUCAAUCUGAUCCCCAAUCUCCACACAUCCCUGAAGUACCGACUAAGGAUUCCUCUCAACAACAAAAGCCACGAAAAUCAGAAGAAUCACAACAAAGGGAUUCCUCUGAGUCGCAACCCAGAAAGUCAGACUCUCAGUCUCCCUCUCAACCUGAAGUUGAUUCGAAAAAGGCUAAGGAAUCUCAACAAAAGACACAACGACAGCAACAGUCUGAAGAGUCCCAACAGCAGGAGCAACAGUCUCAGCAAUCAUCCCAACAGUCAGAGCAGUCACGGGAAAGUCAGGAACAAUCGCAGAGGACACCUCAACAAUCACAAGACAGUACCUCACUCUCUCAGUCGAAAAGCCAGUCUCCUUUGUCUAAAUCAGUAUCGAGUCUUCUACAGAGUCAGCGGGAGGCAAUUCGGGAGCUUUCAGUGUCGAAAGAAAAAGCAGAGGGCGCGAAAAAUAUUGACCAGAAGAAAUUGGAGGAUGCAAUUCGUAUAGCUAAGGAAGUCAAUGAAAAGAUUCGUCAAGAAGCGACGACCUCAUCUCCCCUUAGUAUUGAAAAAGAACGGGUAAAAUUACUAAAAGCUGCCGUCCAACAACAACAAAUCUCCAAAUGUUUAGAACAGAGAAUAAAGAGGCAACGGUCCAAACCGCAAACUCGGAAAGAAAUAAAAGAAACGAGUAUAUUGUUGGAACAGUUGAAACGAGAAAAUGACAAAAUAUUAAAAGUAUUGGCAGUAGAAACUCGACAUGAGAAAGAAAGAGUGAUUGCUAGAGGAAAACAUUCUCAGCAAGAGCAGAUUGUACUUAGAAGUCUUAGAAGAGUUCAGCUGUCACAAGUAAUCGCUUCUCAGCAGCUAGUUCGUGCAGGAUCAUCCUCUGAUAAACCUAGUGCAGACAAUGUCCAACCAGUCCAAAGGGUGCAGCAAUGCAUGGAGAUUUUAGAUGAAACAGGCAAACAAAUAGUGUCUUUAAUGAAACAAAGAAGUGUAAAACAAAGUCCAUUAGACGUUAUAUCUAAACUUGCUGAAGUUACACAAAUGCAGCAAAGUUUGCUGGGAUUGGUUGCUGAGCGUGCCAGAGAGCAAUUGAUUCAAUCUGUAUCCCGUUCUCAUGCAGUGGACUCAAGAAUAAAAAGACUCGAAGAGAAGGCUGAGACGGAAAAACUUGAGUAUCUCCAAAUAAUGAGAAGUAUACGAAAAUCAAUUGACUCGAAAAGAUCUGUUUCUAGUCUUAGUAGAUCUGAUAGUUCUAAGCUUCAGGCCGUCCACAAUAAGCUUGAGUUGAUUAGAUCAAUGCAAAUAAAAACUGAGCAGAAAGUGAAGGAUGUUGAAAAGGAUCAUGUUAAGGCUGCUAAAAAGCCUGAGUCAACAACUAUUACAGAAUUAGCUACUAAAUGUAAAGCCGUCCAAGAUGAAAUUGAAAAGGCAGAAAGUGAUAUUAGAUCAAAUCAACUCCAUCAGAAGGUAGCUGAUACUACUAAGGAACCGUUGCGAAGAAUCGAAAUCCAAAAACAAAUUGUCGAGAAGGUAAAAGAACUAGUACCAAAAUCAAAUAUGAGUCCACACGAGAAACAGACCAUUCAGGCCGAUUUGAAAACUCAGGAGAAAAGGUUGGAAGAGCUACAGAAGAAGGUUCAACAGCUCAAAGAAGAAGAAUCUCGACAGAGAACUAGCUCAUCUCAGAAGUCAAAGUCGAAUCAAUCUUCUCAAAGUGGACCUUCUGUCGGUUCUAGGCAGGAAGACAAACAACAAGAUAGUGGAGGUCGGCAGAGGGAGGACAGUUCGAGGAACAGUCGUGGUGCUAACGUGAAAUCUGAACAGAUAUCUCAAAGGUCGCAAAAGGAAUCUGCAGAACAGGGGUCUGAGAAAUCCUCUGACGAUCAACAAAAGAAGUCCAAGAGUGUACAACAACCAAGUCGCGUUGAUUCCCAACAAAGCCGUGAUCAAAGUUCGUCUAAAGAGCAAUCAAGCGGUCAGCAAUCAGAUAGAAGCCAAAGCGUUCGUCAGAAACAAAAGUCAAGGAGUCGAGCCAAGUCGUCUGCACUUGGAGAUUUAGAAGCAGAAACUGACAGAGAAAUGUGUAUAUCGAUAAAGGCACAGUACGGGGCCGAAGGUGAAAAAAGGAAAAGUUUCGAAGUUCAGAUUCUAGGAACACCUUCGUUAGAGCAGUUAUUAUGGGAAAGGGCACAGAAAUCGCCACUAGAUAGAAGCAGUGUAACAAAAAAAUAUCUGAGGGAAAUUAGAGAUGGGUCUGAAGAAGUGACGUCAGCUUAUCUUAAACUCAGCUCAGAGAUGAACAUGAUUCGUCACCUGCACGUCCGUGUACAUUAUGAAAGGGAAGGAAUACCUCAUAGUUUAGAAGAAUUUGCUUGGUGGUCACAUGAAGCAAUGAAAGCAAUAAUGUAUCGACAUUUAUUCACAAAGUAUCCUCACUCCUUCUGUCCUAAAGACAGAUUGGAAAUUCUUCUUAAUUUCAGGAGAAACAAUAGACAAUUUGAUGCAGAAUUUAAACUUCCCGAAGAGUCCAACUUUUUGAGAGGAAUUGCCAUUCCAUAUUUCGGACCAUUCUUGUUUGAAUCUGUGAAAGGUAUCAGGGAUGGGGUUCGACGUCCCCUACAAAAGACAAUGUCUAGCAUUACUAGCCGUCUUCCAGGACAAUGCGAGGUGAAACAAAAUCGGAUUAGAACAAUGGAUGGGAGAGAAUACAGCAUACCAGACACAAAGGAUUGCGAAGUCAUUUUGUCCAUGGAUUGUUCUUCUGCUAAGCAGUUCGCCAUUAAAUACAGAAAGGACUCAUCCGAUCCCUCAAAAAGAGUUGUUGAGGUUCAUCUUGAAGGUAAACGCAUAGAGACUGUUCCAGUGGCCUCAUCUUUAGAGGUUAAAGUAGACGGCAAAAAACAAGACGUUCCAGCUGACUCCGCAAUCAGCGUUAAAGAAGCAUCAUCCGUGAGCAGCAGCGAAGCUUCCAGAAUAGAAAUUAGACGUCAACAAAAUAAGGUUUCCGUAUCGUCAUCAAGAAAAGGAGUACAGGUUACAUCGGACGGUCAGAAAAUAUCCAUCAAGAUGACCCCGUUUUACUACUCUCAAGUUUGCGGUCUCUGUGGAAACUAUGACGGAAAGCAAGGAAAUGAUUAUCAAAGUCCGCAGAGAGUUGAUCGAUCCGAUCCCAGUUGUUUGGUUCUUGAUUAUUUAAUCCCUGACAGUAAAUGUGAUUCUGGAAGUGUACAGAAGAAAUGCAAUGAGCAUCAGAAUUCGUCAUCACCAUCACGAUGUCAAUUAAAACCUGAAACUGUUCUACGAACACGUUUAAACAAAGGCGUAUCCCAGCUUUGUUUCUCCCAGAAUCCCGUGAAGAGCUGUCCAUCCCAAUGUAAACAAAACGAUCCCAAAUCUAAGGCCGUCCCCAUGGUAUGUUAUGAGCAUGACAGUGUCAAAGCCCAGGCAUUGAAGAAAGCCAGCUACAAGGGCCCUGUAUCGGAGCUGAAGUCGCACCAAGCCGAUUACUCGGAAUACGUGCAGGAACCCACGAGUUGUGGAGAAAUAUAAAUUUCUCUCGGACUUUUUGACACUCCUUUUCCUAUAUCUAAUUAUGCACGCAAUACAAAAUGAGCGAUUAUAUAUAGGGCAUGGACGAUGUAUCAUAUCAAAAAGAUUUUUGACCGCUGAGGUUUUAUAAUCACUUGCGAGUAUAUGAACAUGUACAUUAUUUAGUGUAGAUUGUGGUCUUCAUGGUAACGGGUUUUCUAGUCUAUAGUUAUUGUGCAGCAGAUUGUUGCUAUUACCAUUGUAUUCUGUGUAUUGUGAAUAAAAAUGCAUGCAGCAGUUAAAAUUCUAA